GAACUAAACGACGAGUGGUGUCAGUCUGGGGUGUUCGUCGGAUAAAAGGCUAAUCGAAGAGUGUUUUGCAUUUGCGAAUCGAAUUAAAGGUGAAAUACAAAGAAGGGAGCAAAGAUCGAAACGGACGAGAGAAACUUGAAACAGUUAAUUCGUUAAUGGUGGUGAUGAUCAUCAAGGGUAUAUUCAGGAGAUAUGAGAAAUGGAAUCCCGUUCAUCCCACUUAUGGAGCCUUUUGGGGAAUGGGGAUUGGCAUUGGCUGCGGCGUCGGAUGGGGACCUGGUUUUGGCCCUGAGGUCAUUGGCUACGUAGGUGCUGGCUGCGGUGUUGGUUUCAGUGUUGGCAUUACACUCGCUGGUCUCGGCAUUGGUCUCCCCACAAACCUUCUUCUUGCAGCUCCUUAUAACACUGUAGAAGCAACUAGGAAGGGUGCUUUUAAGUUGUUUGGUAAUAGUCUAUCAGUUGAUGAUUGGAGCGAUGUUUUGCCUGGGUUGCAGAGACAAGUCGGUGAGAUGUGUUCUGGUUUUAGCAAGAAGCCGCCUCGCUUAGAUGAUGCCAUUGACUUAAAAAGCUUGCCUUUGUUCAUUCCACAUGAUUGUGGAAGAUCUGGGAGCCAUCUUCUCCAUAUGCGGCGCAAAGGUUUGGAGGACAAGAACCAUGGAGGGUCAUCAGCUAUGUAAUGGCAUUUUAGACAACGAGGAUCUCAAGGAACUGAGACACUCCAUACGAGAAUUUGAUUGAAUGAAGAGUUACUUUCGUUUGGCAUGUGUGUGUGUGACUACGAAAUAUACUCAGCACAAAUCAGAACCUGUUUCAUGUCUUGGUUGGAGGGUAGACACUUUUUUUUUGUUUUUUUUUGGCACAGGAGGGUAGACACUAGGAAACAAACCAGAAGCAUUUGUGUGUGAGUCCAUGUUACAGUUACUUCUACGAGGUUGGGGAUUUGACAGGAGCAUUUAUAGACGGUUCAGGUUAGGUAAAGGGGGAACAGAGUGCAUAAUUGUAGUUAUGUUACACAUCAGGAUUGUGCUUCAAGCACUUCAUCCUCUUCACUCAUGUAUACCAUUAUAAGUUUUCUUUUAACUCAAUGACUAAAAGGUUUUGAAUCCGUAGCUCAGCACAGAGCAAGACACAGUACCAUGUAAUGUCUUUCCAAUUUUUUUUUU